AUGCGUUCUGUUUCUGCCAUUGCUCUUCUCUCGGCCUUUGGCGCCGUUGUCAAUGCCGCGCCGGCCACCAUGAACAGCGUGAGCAGCCGACAGGCCGGAGACAAGGGAACCUUUACCAUCUCCCAGAAGGCUCCCUUCCAGGACACCAGCCUCCUCCCUGCUCUCAACGGCGCCAGCCAGGUUGACCUGAACAUGGAGGGCUAUGAGAUGGGAUAUCACCCCGACAGUGAUCAGUACAAGUGCCACGGAUCGUGCGGCAUCGUGCUGCGAAUCAGCAGGCUGCCCGCGAGCGAGAAGUGCACCCACCCCUACGCCCAGCCCUUUGUCAACUUCUGCUUCGGCACCUGCAAGAACCUCGACGGCUUCUCGCCCUACCCUCCUGCCCUGGCCUUCAAGAACCAGUGCAAGCUCAACGCCCAGGAAGCUCGCUCGACCACGGUUGAGCAAGUCGCCAGCACCAGCGCCGAGGCCCCAGCCAGUACUAGUAGCUCUCAACCCGCCUCAACCACCGGUUCCCCGGUCUCACGGCCUACCGGUUCCGCCGCCGCCCCAAGCGGAAGCUCUAGCCAGGCUCCCCCGGCCUCCUCUUCGGCUUCUUCUCCCUCAAGAACCUCGGCGCCUCAUGCCCUUCCCACCGGAACCACGAGCCCACGACCAUCGCACCCCUCGGGCGUUGCCUCGGCCUCCGGCACCGCUCCCAAAGCCACGCCAACCAACGCUGGACCUGUGACUGCGGGCGCGGCUAGCACUUCCUUUAGCGUUAUUGCCGCUAUUACUGUCGCUACCCUCGCCAUGAUUAUCGCCUGA